AUGGAUGCGCUGAAUGACAGGGAGCCAGUGGACGUUCUGCAGGACAGGGGUGAGAUGUUCGCGGGAACAGGGAUGAUAGAGCACGUUGCUCACCUUCGAGAGGAGCUGGACAGAGUGAGGGGAGAGAAAAAGGACUUCAAGCGGGAGAGGGACAUGUACCACUCCAUAAGAGAAGUUGCUGCGAUGAGAAUGAAGAAUGUCAGGGGCAAGCUGACAACUGUGAAGAAGGCCACUGAAGAGGAUGAUGUGCGUCAUCGAGCUGAGAAAGAAGUGCAUGAGAAGAAGCUGAAGCACCUCCAGAGUGAACACCAGGACACAGUGUCUGAGGUGAAAGAAGCCCGUUUGGUCACCGCUGACACGCUGCAGAAGGAGCAGGAUGAGCUGCGGGACGAGCUUUGUAGCAACAUGAAGGCCAUCAUGGUGGACAUGCACAGCUCGGAAUAUGAACAUCAAGUCAAGGAACUUGACCUGAAACACCAGGAAGAAAUGGCUGCAACCAGGGACAAACUGGACAGGGGACACGCAGAAUAUACAGACAAAUGGGAGGAAAAGCUGCAGAAAAGAAAGUUGUUGACGGACAGCAUGUUAAUCCAGCGAAAGCUGGAGUGGGAGACCCGCAUCGUGGCUGUUCAACAAAAAGGCGACACAACCAUCAGGGACGUUAAGGAGAAAGCCGAGGAGAAAGAUGCUUUAGUGCUGAAGCAGACUAACGAGGCCAUCGAUAACUUCACCAAAGAAAACCGUAAACUGAAGAGGGAAGUGAAUAUAAUAAAACAGGACGUGGAUUCUGCUUUGCUGGAAAAGCUUCAGCUUGAAGAGAGUCUGACUAAAGUCAGGAAGGAAACCGCUUUCUGGGACAAGAUGCAAACAUGCACAGAGAAAAUGCCCCCAAUGCCCAAAUUAAAAGUCCUGAAAGACCUGAGAGUGGAUCAUGCGGGUCUGGAAAAACAAUUCUGCAAGGUUCAGCAGGAGAGGGACGAGCUGUUGGCCUCAUUCGAGCAGACAGUUCUGAAGAAGCAGCAAGAGGCAGAUUUUCUGAACAUCAUGUUGGAGCGCAGGAUUCAGGCGGUGAAGGAUCGUCUGGAGGAGGUUGAGGCUCAGCUCCAGUCUGCGGCCUCGGCUCCAAACAUGGACCUCACUGGCCUCACCAACAAAGAGGAGGGAAACAACGUGUGUCCUGUAGGCUCGUAUGGACAUGGAUGGACAUGGUCUCAUGAGGAUCGUGAAAGGACAACGUAG